AUGGAGUCGUUCGAGGGCUUCUGGAUCCGUGGCAGGAUGGGUCUCGAGGGGACCGACACGUUUACCAGAAAUAAGCUUCACCCAGUGAAGUGGACAGACCAAACUUUAUCUACCAGUGAUGACGUUGAGGACCGAGAGACUGAGAAAGGCCGCCUGGAAGAAGCUUAUGAGAAAUGUGACCGGGAUUUGGACGAGCUCAUUGUGCAGCACUACACCGAGCUCACCACGGCCAUCCGCACCUACCAGAGCAUCACCGAGCGCAUCACCAACUCGCGCAACAAGAUCAGACAGGUGAAGGAGAACCUGCUGUCGUGCAAGAUGCUGCUGCACUGCAAGCGGGAUGAGUUGCGCAAGCUCUGGAUUGAAGGGAUUGAGCACAAACACGUCCUGAAUUUGCUGGAUGAGAUCGAGAACAUCAAGCAAGUGCCUCAGAAGCUGGAGCAGUGCAUGGCCAGCAAGCGCUACCUCAACGCGACGGACAUGCUG